CCAAUUCCACCUCACCACCCCUCUUUCUUCCCCAUAAAUACAGCCCUUCCCUUCCUCUCAGUCUCCACGCUCUACUCUCACCUUCUCCCACCUUCUGCUACCUUCUCCUGAACCCCCCUAGCUCUUCUCUUUGCCUAGUGUUUUUCUGCUAUAACAUUUAUGACUAAGGACGUUGAGGUUGCGGAGCAUGGGUCCUUCUCCGCCAAGGACUACCAUGACCCACCGCCGGCGCCGCUGUUCGACUCAGUCGAGGUCACUAAGUGGUCCUUCUACAGGGCCCUGAUUGCGGAGUUCAUUGCCACGCUGCUCUUCCUUUACAUUACGGUGCUGACAGUCAUCGGCUACAAGAGCCAGACUGCUGGGGGUGACCCAUGCGGGGGUGUUGGCAUUCUGGGCAUCGCUUGGUCUUUUGGUGGCAUGAUCUUUAUCCUUGUUUACUGCACUGCCGGCAUUUCUGGGGGACACAUUAACCCGGCGGUGACCUUUGGGCUGUUCCUGGCCCGGAAGGUGUCGCUGAUCCGAGCAAUAUUGUACAUGGUGGCUCAGUGUCUUGGAGCCAUUUGCGGUGUGGGUCUCGUCAAAGCCUUCCAAUCUGCUUACUAUGAUCGCUACGGGGGCGGUGCCAACGAGCUCUCCACCGGCUACAGCAAAGGCACCGGCUUGGGCGCUGAGAUCAUCGGAACUUUUGUCCUUGUCUACACCGUCUUCUCUGCAACUGACCCCAAGAGGAGUGCCAGAGACUCCCAUGUUCCUGUUCUGGCACCUCUUCCAAUUGGGUUUGCCGUGUUCAUGGUUCACUUGGCCACUAUUCCCAUCACUGGCACCGGUAUCAACCCUGCCAGGAGUUUGGGGGCUGCUGUUAUCUACAACAAUGAGAAGGCCUGGGAUGACCAGUGGAUCUUUUGGGUUGGACCCUUCAUUGGUGCAGCCAUUGCAGCCUUCUACCACCAGUUCAUAUUGAGAGCUGGAGCUAUCAAGGCUCUUGGGUCAUUCAGGAGCACCCCUCGUGUGUGAUUUGCAGAGCCAUUUUGAUUCCUUCUUCCACUGUUUUUGGGGGUGAAGAAAAAGAAUUUGGAAGAAGGAGAAGUGAUCGGAAUUGGAAGAAUAAUUAUGGAGGUUGUUAUUGAUGUGUAUUAUGAGGGCAUGAAAUUGUAGAUACCAUCUCUAUGGAAAUAGGAAGCUUUUUGUAUUCCUCCCUUAAGCACUUUUCUUUUAAUCCACUUCAUGCUUAUCUUUUCCUAGUUUUCUCUUUCAUUGUUUGCUCAUGCUUGAACAAAAUUCUGUGUUGUGGCUUUGUCUUGUUGGAAGUAAAGGGCUUUAUUUUGUUUUUUUA